AUGUUGAGAUCUAAAUUAUCACAUUCUAUAAGAGCUCAACAGUUAUUCAGAUUACAAACCAUGAGUAGUAAUUAUUCAACUAAAGUCAAUACUCAUAGUGUUGAUGCAAAAUUAGAAAAUGAUGUCUUAUUUCAAAAUGUUAAUAAUACUAAAAUUAUUACAUUAAAUAGACCAACUAAAUUAAAUUCAUUAAAUGCAUCAAUGGUUUCCAAGAUUUAUCCAAGAUUACAAGAAUAUUCAAAAUCUUUUAGUACUCAAUUAAUUAUUCAAAAUUCAAAUGGUCGUGCAUUUUGUGCAGGUGGUGAUGUUACUUCAUGUGUUGAAGCAAAUAAAAAGGGUCAAUUUGAACAAUCUAUUGAAUUUUUCCAAAAAGAAUAUUCAAUGAAUUAUCUUUUGGCAACAUAUAAUAAACCUAUUGUUUCUAUAUUAGAUGGUAUAACUAUGGGUGGUGGUGUUGGAUUAAGUAUUCAUACUCCAUUUAGAAUCAUAACUGAAAAAACAAGAUGGGCAAUGCCAGAAAUGGAUAUUGGUUUUAGUCCAGAUGUUGGUACUUCAUUUGCUUUAAAUAAAUUGGUCCCAAGUUCAUUAGGUUGGUAUUUAGCUUUAACUGGUGAAAAUUUAUUUUCUUGGGAUGUUUAUUUUAGUGGAUUAGGUACUCAUUAUGUUUCAUCAAAUAAGAUUCAUGAAUUACAAGAUCGUUUAACUAAUUUAGUUUUACCAAGUAAUGUUGAAGAUCAAUAUGAAAUUAUUAAUAGUGUUUUAGAAGAAUUUGUUGAACCAUUACCAACUAAUUAUAAAUUUAAAUAUUCUAUAGAGGAAUUACAAUUAUUAGAGAAAGUUUUUACAAGAGAUACAAAUAUGGAGAGAAUUUUUGAAAAUUUAAAAAAAUCAAAAUUAGAAUUUGCUAAAACAACUUUAGAAACUUUAAAGAAAAAAUCGCCAUUAUCAUUAAAAGUUGGAUUAGAAAUUUUACAAAGAGGUUCUAAUUCAGAUAUUCAUGCAGCAUUAACAAAUGAAUUAAAUGCAGCAGUUCAAUUCAUGAAAGAUUCAGAUUUUAAUACAGGAGUAUCAUCAAAAUUAAUUGAAAAAUCUAAAAAUAUUCCAAAUUGGAAAUAUAAAUCAAUUGAAAAAAUCCCAGCAAAAGAAGUUGUACCAUUUUUUAAAAAAGGUCAAUCAUCUCCAUUAGAUGAAAAUUUUAAUAUUACAUUUAAUCAAUAUCCAAAAAAUUUCGGAUUACCAAAAUCACAAGAUUUAAUUAGUGUUGCACAAGGAUUAGAAGAACAAUCAAAAGAAUCUUUAAUUAAAUCAUUUUUAAAUGAUGAUAAAUUUAAUAAUAAAGUUGGGUUGAAACAAUAUUUAGAUUUAUUUUAUGAUGUUCAAAAUGAAUCAAAAUCAAAAUUAUAG